GGAAACAAGUCGUACCCAUGCACAGCAGUGUCAAAGAUUAUCAUCUAAAAUGGGAUGUAGGCAAACUAAGGUUAAACCUAUGAAGCAAACAUCCCCCGAGGAGGCUUUGGCGGGCAAGAUUAACUGCCCUCACGAGCUGUACUACGCUAAGUGGCAGGUGGCACCGCCCACACCCCGCCUGACAGGGGAUGAGAUUCUUCAGCAGCUCAGAGAUGACGGGUUGGUCCCUGUCCACCAGACACGCGGUGGGGUUGCUUUCUCUGUGCCCGCCACCGAGUGCGGUGUUGCCCGCGGCAAACCACCCCGACGUCUGGAGCAAAUCCCAGUGCGAUGCUUCUACACAGCUGAGAGGAGGAGACAGAAAGCUGAUGAAUUUAGAUUUGACAGGCUAGUUGAGCAGGUUCAGAGGAAACAGUUGGACAGAGAAAUAAAGCACAAAGCUGUGAAAGACGAGAAGAAACGUCGCGUUCCUGAAAGAAAUGCUGGCGGAGCAUCAGCUCCAGAUGAGGGACGAAAAACUAAAGAGACUGGACGAAGAAAGGGCGGCGAAGCGGAAGAACCCCUCCAAGCAAUAGAUGUGCAGGCGGGUGGGUGGGUCUAG